GAGAGGAGAGGAGAGGAGGAUCUGUCUACCAGAACAAAGCGGAAUCACUUACACGUUUGCUGUACACACAGUGGAAAACGGGAUUAUAUUUUGCGUGUGUGCUGGACUCUGCUUCCUGCUUCUUGUUGCAGUACAGGAGCUCUCAUUGUAGCAGGAGUGAGGAUCCCUCCUUUUGUGUCGCUCUGCAGCUCUUUAUUCACACUCCAACUUCUGCCUCCUGUUUCCCCAAAGAGGAGGUUUCAUUUCUGUUCUUCUUGUUUUGGCCUAAACGGAAUGAAUGACAAAAACAAAGGAGGUUGAUGUCCAUAACUCCCCGACUCACCUCUUCUUCGCCUCGCCCAAGGAACGGAGACUCCAUCUCCGGCAGAAGAUGGAAAGCGGAGGCGGGACAGAGGGCUCGGACAGCGGGCAGACGCAGCACGCGGUGCCCGGUCAGCAGCAGUCAAACCCCCGGCCCGAAACCGCGGAGCUCUCUGCGACGCUGGCCGCGCAGCCUCCGGGGGAGAAGAAGAAGAUAAACCGGGCUCCGUCCCCGGCCAGACCGAAGGAUGUACCCGGGUGGUCGCUCACGAAGAUCCGCGGAGGGAUUGGCACCCCGACCCUGAGCGUCAAGCCGGGAGCCAUCCACUUGGGAAGCCGCAUUUCCAGGCGCAGCCCGGUGGGAAGUCUUGCUGGGAAGGACGGGAAAGCGGAGAAGAGCGGUGGUGGCAAACCGGCGGGCAAAUCCUCCUUCUCCGCAGCCGCAUUGUCCAAGACCUCGGCGGCCAAGGCGGCCAAAAGCACCGGAGGGCGGAGGAAGGUGUCGGACGCCAGCAUCGGAUCCGACGAUUUGUCCAAGGACUCCGGUUGCGCCACCGGGAAACUCUCCCCGACCGACAGCAGCUCCGAGCUAUCCGACUGCGCCUCCGAGGAAAACAAGCUCUCCACGGACGCCGUGAGCAGCGACGCCGAAUCGAGGAGCAGCCGGGGCGGCGGAGCGGACGGAGACAAGCCGCACAGGGAUGGCGCGACGGCGGACAGAGCUAGCCAACAAGCCGCCGCCAAGACCACCUGCUCCUCCGCGGAGAGGGACUACAAGGACCGGCUCUCCCUGGGCGUGGAGACCGGGGAAGGGAGCAUAUCUCCCGGCGAGGAGCACUCGGUCACCUCGUUUGACAGCAGGGUCCCCGCCAGCACAUCCCUGGCUUUCUCAGACCUCACAGAGGAGUUUAUGGACGGCAUGCAUGAGGAGUUUGUCCGGGAAAUAGAGGAGCUGAGAUCCGAGAAUGACUACCUCAAAGAUGAGAUGGAGGAGCUGAGGUCUGAGAUGCUGGAGAUGAGGGACAUGUACAUGGAGGACGACGUCUACCAGCUGCAAGAACUACGGCAACAGCUGGAGCAGGCAAAUAAGACCUGCCGCAUCCUGCAGUACCGGCUGAGGAAGGCGGAGCGGCGCUCUCUCCGCGUGGCCCAAACAGGGCAAGUGGAUGGAGAACUGAUACGAACCUUGGAGCAAGACGUCAAAGUGGCGAAGGACGUGUCCAUCCGUCUCCACAGCCAGCUGGACAGCGUGGAAAAGAAAAGGAGUCGUCUGGAGCAGGAGAAUGAGGAGCUUAGGGUCCGACUGCAGGAUCUGGAGGUCGCCAAACAGGUCCUGCAGCAGGAGAUUGACAAGAACUCCCAGAAGAAAAGAGGAGCGCGACCCAACAACAAGCCUGACAAGAAGCUUGGUCCACAGGAGGACAGCUCAGACCUGAAGUGUCAGCUCCACUUCGCCAAGGAGGAAUCAGCCCUGAUGUGCAAGAAGCUCACCAAGUUGGUGAAGGACAGCGAGGCCAUGAAGGAGGAGCUGGCCAAGUACAGGUCGCUGUACGGAGACGUCAACGCCUCGCUCACCGUGGAGGAGGUUGCUGACUCCCCCCACACCCGGGAGGCGGAGAUCAGAGUCCACCUGAAGCUGGUGGAGGAGGAGGCCAACCUGCUGAGUCGACGCAUCGUGGAGCUGGAGGUGGAGAACAGGGGGCUCCGAGCUGAGAUGGAUGACAUGAAGGGGCCACAAGAUGGUCCUCAAGAACUUACUGGUGUUGGCGGCGGUUUGGGGGCAGGUCUUGGCCUAGGAGGUGGAGCCAUGGUACUCGGGGGAGGGCCUUCAUCUGAAAACGUCAUGGAGCUCCAGAGACACCUGCAGUUUGUGGAGGAGGAGGCGGAGCUGCUGAGGAGGUCUCUCAUCGAGAUGGAGGAGCAGAACAAACUCUUGAUGAAUGAGAUCAACCGCUAUAAAUCUGAACUCCCGCCGCCAGCGUCCGCGCUGUCGUCCAACUCAUUGACGUCGUUGACGGACGGGCUGCUCAACGACAGCCCGGUGCACUCCAUACAGGAAGGGGCGGUGCUUAUCAGCACAGAUGCGCCGGCCCAGGAGGAGGAGCUCAGACUGGCGAGGCUUCAGAUUGGAGAACUGAGCGGGAAGGUGAAGAAGCUACAGUACGAGAACCGAGUGCUUCUGUCCAACCUGCAGCGCUGUGAUCUGGCGUCCUACCAUGCACCUUCCUCCUCCUCCUCUUCCUCCUCGCUACGACUGGCUCUGGAGACUGACGCUGAGGCUGGAGACUCUGCUGAGUGCCUUCCCAGCAGCCCGCCCCACCGCAAAGAGCCGGUCGGGGGUGAGAACGAUGCCCUGGAGAUCAAAGAGCGGAAAAAGAAGAUCGAGGACAACGCUGACGCAGCAGCCUCGCUCCCUGGGUGCCUGGGGCAGAAGGACCAUGAUGCCUUGCUGGCCAUGAGGGACCAGGCCCGCUUGGUUUCCACGGCAAUACAGCUCCUGACCUCCCCCGAGUCCAACUGCCUCUCCUCCUCCCCAUCUAUCUAUCACAAGGUCUGCAGCAACGAGGCAGCAGAGCCGUGUGACCUGGAGAAGCCUCAGCCUCACAGCCAGAUUUCAGAGCUGUCUGACCUGGCCGACCGGCCUCUGGUUGGCGCUCUGACCAGCAGGCUCCAGGCCCUGCACACCCAGCUGCAGGCCUUUGUUGAGAGGGUAGACGGCCUGGGUAAACCCCCAGCAGGCAGGAGGGACCCUCAGGUGGAAGGAGAGUCUCCCCUGGCCUCACCCUGCGCCUCCCUCCCCUGCUCUGGAGACGGCCAGGAUGGACUGACCACUGCAGAGGGGAAGCAGCCUGAUUAUAGGGACCAACCAGAACUGGAGGCGAAGGGUCAAACUGAGGAGAGCAGCCAAUCAGACGUCAGUGAGACUCAAAAGCAGGAAAACAGCCAGCUGGAAGAGGACGAGAAGGAGGCAGAUGUUGCACUGCCCGUCCAGUCCAGUGACCUCCAGGCUCAGCGGUCCGAAGCGGGGGAGUCGGCUCACGGGCCUCAGGAGGAGGAGCCGGAAAAGGAGAGGCAGGCUCAGGGAGAAACCUCUCUCAAACUCGCCCAGCUGCAGGAAGGGCACCAGAAGGCUCUGCUCCGUCGGGACUUCCAGCUGCAAAGUUUGGGCCUGCAGGCUCGGCUUCAGCAGAAGCUGUGGAGCCAGGAGAGGACUCUGCUGGUCCAGGAGUCUCAGCACCUCAAGCAGGCCUUGUUACUGCUCAGCCUCAAACUGCGCUGCUUCCUCAAACAGUGGAGGCUGGGCUGCAAGAAGGACGCAGAGUGGAAAGAUGUCUUGGAGAUGAACAGCCUGAAGGACCUUUACCUGCUGUUAGAGGAGGAGAAUAUGACGAGCCCCGCCCACCAGAGCGACAAGAGGGCUGCUGCUGACGAACAAUCACUCAGCCCAACUAUCAAGUCGAGCGCUGUGAGCAGCACCUUGGCAGACCUGAAGGUGGCGCUGCAGGACCUGAGCGGAGAGCUGCGACAGGAGAGACAAGGCUCCCAGGAACUGACCCAGCAGUUCGCAAAGGCCAAGGCAUCAUGGGAAGUCGAGAGGACUGAACUAAAGAGCCUCAUCACGCAGCUUGAGACCAAAACAGGCAAAGUGGCAGCAGCAGCUCUGUCUGCCACUGAUGCGCUGGAACCUCCAGACCUGAAGGUGGCGCUGAAGAGGGAGCGCGAAGAACACCAGCACCUCCUGGCCGAGUCCUACGCAGCGGUGAUGGACCUGACUAAACAGCUUCAGAUCGGAGAGAGGAACUGGGGCAGAGAGAAGCUGGAGCUGCUGGAGAGGUUCAGCCAGGAGAGAGCUCAGUGGGAGCAGAGGCUGAGAGAGGCCACUGCACAACAGGGGAAGCCAAAGUCAUUAGGCGGCGAGUCUUCCGCAGACACAGUCGUUGCUAAUGGGACGGUAUCACCAAGAACCAAAUCCACAUCAGAGCUGGACGGCCCAGAGGUCAACGGAACAGCCAAUCAGGAGGAGAAGAUUCAGUUUGCAGUCCCGCCUGUUUUGAUUCGCCCAGAGCUGGGUGACCUCACCAGGAAGAACUGGACCUACCUGACCAACGAGACCCCAGAGGUUGGGGACACUUGUAAAACCUGGGAUGGACCUAGUGGCUCCUGCAGCAGCUUGGUGGCAUCAGAGCUGGAUCUGGACUCUGUCCAGAGGAGCUACACUGCUCCAGACCGGACCGGCAUUCGGAUCUACUACAGCCCUCCUGUUGUACGACGCAUGGAGCACCAAAGAAGGAACCAGGAGGCCAAGGAGCCACAGCAGAACCAGAACGGGAGCGCCUCCCCGGCACUGAGUGGCUCGGACGUAGCCAUGGCUGCGACUGAAAGCCUGGAGCCUCCAUCCUCUUUUUCAUCCUCGUACGAGCAGUGGCUGAGCUCACUGUCCAAGCAGCACAGAGAGCUCCUGGAGAGCAGAAGCGGCUGUAUUGCCGGUCCUGUCCCAAGUAUUGUCAGCAACGGGGUUGGUGGCUCAGCCAGCAGUUUGGUCGACGGGAUGACGCCCUCGUCGGCUUUCCACGGCCUCGAGAUCGGGGAGAUUUCAGCCAACUUAAGCGACGACAUGAAGGAGAUGACCAACUGUGUCCGCCAGGCCAUACGCUCCUCCUCUCUCGAGAGGAAAUCCACCAAGGAACCUGGGAGUCAGGCGGUCGGCAUGUCCACCAGGUCCACGCAGACCGCUUCACAGUACGUCAGCAUCGGGCUUCAAACAGACAGCCUUCCCAGCAGCAGGGGGUCGGGGUUACACUCCAAAGCCUGGUCUCCUCGCCCUUCGUCAACAACCACCUCCUCGCUGGCGUCGGCACGAACCCGGCAGAUAUCGACCUCGCUGGAUAAAGUUCACAGCCGCAUCGAGAGGCCGUGCUGCUCGCCCAAGUAUGGAUCACCCAAACUGCAACGCCGAGUGUCUGCAGGCUCCACAUCCAGACUGGAUGGGACUUCCUCCUCCAGGGACCGGAGCCUGUGGAGCCUCCAGCAGCGAACCAUGGGUGGAGGAGGAGGCUCGGCCUGGGCUCGCUCCACCACCACCAGGGACAGCCCCGUCCUGAGCGGUCUCACUGACGGCCUCUCCAGCCUCUUCAGUGUGGUGGAGCACUCUGGAAGCACAGAGUCGCUCUGGCGGGGUGACGGAGGAGCUAGCCAGGCUGUCAGUCCAGCACGACAGCCUCCUGCUGCAGGGAAACCCUCCGGGGUGGCAGUCUGUGGACCUGACCCCGGCUCUCAGCGCUACGGAGGCCUGGUCCAGGAGUUCUUCAGGAACGUCUGCAGCAGCCGUGCCCAGGGAGGAGUCACCCUGCCUGCGGAGAGGGUGCAAAGAGACUCCCUCGGAGGUCUGGGCGUCUUGGGGGGUUUUAGUGGCGUGGAUGAGCCCAAGCCAGAGUGCGUGUCAGCAGGGGCUGGGUUGGGCGGAGGCAACGACAAUGUGACCAGGAUUGUCAAUAAAAGGUUUAUGAGGCAGACGGCUGGGGAGGAGAUGGUCUCUAUCAUGGGAGGAGGGAAAGAAACCAUGAGCAACGCGGGAGCUGCAGGAUCUGGGACAGAGGAUGCACCCUGUGACUGUGCUGCCCAGUCGUCCUGCUCGGCCCGACCAUCAAGAACAGCAACUCGCCAUUCGUUAGGCCAGUGCAAGCACCGCCCACAAGAGUCUCCGGCGGCAGCUGAGGAGAAGGUGGACACCUGCAACGAGUGACAACACCUUUACUGCCACAUCCAACACACACGCGCGCACACACACACACACUGAUUCUUCACAAACACUGUACACCACUGCCAUGAAAACACACCUCUCACAUCACCAUAUGUACACACACACCUACAACCUGCCACACAGGCGCACUGCCAAACAUUACACACACACAUGCGCGCGCACACUGCACAGACUGCCCCACAAACCCACUGCCACAUGCACUCAUUCAUAAACACACACAGAACCCAGGCAAUAUUACACUUGUCUUGGACUGUACCAUUCUGAUGCCAAGGACAGGGAGGACUGAAACUCCAACCAAGCAAGAGAUCCCACCAUCACAAAACUACCAGCAGGACAUAAACACACACAUGAUCUUACACAUGAAAUUAAACAAGAACAACUUUGAACUGAAGAGAAUCUAACAAGUAAAACUAUGAUGUCAGGACCGGACCUACCAAACUCUCCCCCGCCCCAAAUUUACAGAAUAGCAGGUACUACAAAUGGUCAGUUUUGGACUGUAGAAUCCACCCUGAUGACGUCAUCUUGCUGUCAUGCUGUUGGACCAGCAGCCAUGUUGGAUUUGCAGAUGAACAAGAGAAAGAAAGGAUGUAGUCCCGGUUUGAAUAUGCAUUGAAAGUGCAUGUGUUGCUUUGGGAGUAUAGUAUAACACGGGAGAGGAGACAUCUGUCACAGCUGGAAAGAUCUUCUGCAUUGUGUUCGCAGCUCAGAGACCAUCUCGGAGGAGUAAUCUGGAGGGACGCUCAGUUGAUUUCUCUCUGAACCUUGUCAUACACACACAUGCUGUGCUGAGAAAUUCAAAUAUGCCUUUUUGAUGGAUGAGCACAAUACUGUUGGACAUAGGUCUGAAAUCGCAACAUCUUGAUGACACCUUUGCUACAGUUGCAGACCAGCUGUCCAUGUGUCUCCUAUUACAGUCAAUCGCAGAAGGAAGAAUUCAAGGACUGUUGGACUACAUAUCUGAGCAUGACCAGACUUGGACUCUAUUGAUGGAUGUUUGGACUUGUGAGCUCCAUAAAUGAGACCAUAAAACUGAUCUGAGUGGACUUUCUACCGUAAUCGUUUAGUGGCAAAAAUAAACAACAAAAAGCUCUUCAAUCUUCAGUGGAACCACCAGAAGGACCGUGGCCACAAAUACGGGGACGUUUCAUGGCAUUGUAGCCAUGACUUAAACCUUGUAGAUGUAAGAAAAGCUACCCUCCAGAGUCUGAUUGGAAAGUUACAGUUUUAGUUUGAACUGUUCACAGCAGGCAGAAAGUGCCUGUUGAGAUAUUUCUUCAGUGAUGUCAGGAAUCAUCCUUAAACCUCUGAUGACCAUUGACGAUCUGAUGAAGACAUGCGGUGUACAGUCCUAUAGCACACUGUCCUGAAAAGCUUACGUUGGUUACACUAAUUGGGGACCAUUUCUGACUGACUUCGAGGUUGACCUAAAAGCCCAUCAGCUGAUGUCACUUGGCAUUGGAUAGAGAUGCACUGAUAUCAUGUUUUUCUCUUGUUUUACCAGGUUUUCAGAGUGCCUCAAACACUAGUUUGGGGUCUUGCUGCAGAAACUGAAGCCAACACAUGAAAUGUAUUCCCUUUAGCUCGUGGAAAAAGUACUGAAACUUAAGGCUGUUGAAUUUUCAUGUCACGUGACAAUUCACAUCCAACCCCAAUGAGCCUUUCCAGGAUGCCCCUUUCAUACCCAAUCAUGAUACUAUCACCUGUUACCAAUCAGCCUGUUAACCUGUGGAAUGAACAGGUGUUUUUGGAGCGUUCCACUAAUUUCCCAGUCUUUUGUUGCUCUUGACCAGCAGAUAUUUACAAAAAUCAAUGGAGUUAAUGAGGUCACACAUUAAAUAUAUUGCUGUUUUCCAAUGUGUAUAUAUCAGAAAGGUUUAGCAAAUUAUCACAUUCUGUUUUAUUGAUGUUUUACACAGCGCCCAACUCUUUUGGAAUCAGGCUUGUAAUUAAGAAAUGUUUAAUAACAAUAAUGAUAUUGAACCUACUGCGCAUUAGCUUUAUCAGUGCAUCCCUACCCUCUUUGCUUCAUGGCGUCAGAUAUGAUGUCUGAUGUCUCCAAACUCCAAAUGCUCACCUACCAUCGACCAGAAACGCUUGCUGACUCUAAAACCGCGCCCAAGGAGAAUUCAGCCAGUGCGUUCCUUUCAUUAGUCUUUCCCUGAUGUGUACUGUAAAUGUGUGAAGGGGAUGGUUUUAAAAUAUUCUCCUUGUACUUCCUCCUUUCUCUCCGCUCUUCUCUCGCAGACAGUUGUCGUGUGUUGUCGUACUACAACAACGUCGUAGCUACUGUACGAACCCUGCACGCAUUUUGAAAAUGUAGCAUUGUGAAACAUCAAGCUAAGAGCUGCGACUGUCCAUCUGCAGUCAGAGUCCUUCGAGCACCGACGUUUUUUACUUUUUAAGGAACACAUUCAGGACGUUUUGUUACAUAUUUUCAAACUUCAGUCAAGCAAAGCUGUUUUCCCAAAUUGAAAAUGUAUAUCCGUUUUUACCUACGUGGUCACUUCCAACGAUAUAAAAUGUCUGUAAGUCGGAUGUCUGCUCAGCUGGGAAAGAAGUACAAGAGUGAAAAAUGUUACAGUCUUACUGGUGAAUUGGAAACGUUAAACAUACAGUAAACUGGAAACAGUCUUAUUUGGAAGAGGUUUUAUUCCAUUUCUGUCUCCUCUCCCUUUGUUUGUCCUCUUUCCAGCCAAUCAACAGAUAUUCAAAGUGCCUGUCCGAUUUCCUAUUAGUCAGCUCACACCAAAACUGGACUCAUGUAAAAACACACAAACAAACCUAGCAGGCCUUUUUUUUUAAUGGGUAAGAUUGUUUAUAUGCGUGUAGUUGUAAUUCGGCUGUGCUAAAGCUACACUGAAGUCCUGUACCACAGUGGAGGAAGGACAAAUGGUUUACAGGUAUAGCAGGAUAUAAUAUAGUUCACUAUAUGUUCACUUUUUUUUAUACUAAGGGUUAUUAUAUUUCUGGAAAGUAAAUUAUUUUUGUUUGAUUUAUUUUAUAUGGAUGUUUUUGCUGAUAUAUUAGCCUGUUGUUUCUAUUUAGUUAUCAUGGUGCUACUUAGUGUGAAGUCUGCUGUGGGUUUGCCUCCUUAAACAAGGCCUCUGCCCAUCUGUCUGUUUAAAUAUGUCUCUUCCACUGCUUCUUUAUGAGCAGUUCAGCAUGUCUCCUUCUCUUUGCACCAUUUAAUGAGUCAGCAGUUUAAAAUAGGGCAUUACAGUAACAGUGUAUGUAUUUAAAUAACACAGUGAGGAAAACCCACAGUCUGAAUGCUGCUGCCUGUCUCCACUCCGGCCCUCGCUGCUGGUAGAAAACCAACCGUCUGGAACCAGUCGCCGCUUCAAAGCUACUGGCCUGAUUGCCACAGGAACAGGCCGCCUUAUUUUUUGACCAAAAUUAUUCAACAGGUAGUUUUAGCCAAGCUAGUCUGAUUGGUUUAAGACCACAGGAAACUUAUAACCUCCUUGAAACGUGUCCAAGUGACCCAUAAAGCACAGCUAGGAAGGUUGAGUAAAUAUCCAUUCCUCUAUACAUUCCAUCAUAUUUCCAUCUUUGAAAAGCUUCGCAGCAACGUCACACAACUGGAAGCCACUGGGAUAGUCAGAGAAUUGACCUGAUGCUGAUACAGAUCAUGUGUUUUACAACAACAAGAGAAAAGAGGGAAGUGCUGAAAACAGGUGAUUGUGGUGCUGUUGGUGCUGUACUGCUGCAGAUGAGGAAGGAGACGCAGUAAUCUGUUUCUCGAGUUUGGGCUUCAGCUCAGUUAAAGCGAACAUGUUCACCGAGCGAAGCGGCAACGCUGACCUGCAUGUCAGAACACUUUUUUCCCUACUAUCACUGUGACUCUCCACUCCCCACCCAGAGAGGUGGCUCUGAACAGCUCAGAGCUCGCUUCUCUGCAGAUGUCGAUAUCCAACAAUGAUCAAAGGCAGUAGAACCGUCUCCACCACUUUGCUGUCCAUCUAUUUGUUGAGUAUGUUUUCCAUCAAUUAUAUAUUUGCCAAAAUGUGGAUAAAUACACAGCGCAGUUAGUUUCAUAGCUGACAUUUUAAAGCAGAUGUAUUCCUCAGGAGGUCUGGCACAUUUUAAAGCUAAGAUGAGAUACAGGACCGAAGCCGCUCCACUUCCGGCUGAGAGUGCACACUUUAGAAAACACUGCUUUUGAAUUUCAGCACACCGACUCAAUAAAGUUGGUAAAACUUGUACAAUUAGCCGAACAAAAGCUGAAAUCCACGCACCCAUGUCUCUUCCAACCAAGAGGUUAAAAGAAGCCAGAUUGGUAAUGAUACGCCUCCCACUUAUAACAAUACUAGCCACUAAUGGUAGCUCCUUAUGUAGGGCCCAAAUUACAGUCCGUACUGCAUGUUAAGACAGCUGACUACAUAGCCAACAUGUUAUUAUGUACACUCAGAAUAGUUCAGGCACAUUAGUAGCAUCACGUUUAGAGAGAAAUAAGAAGCAGCUAACGUCUUUUUUCCGUUCACUGCGGGCCAGAAGCUGGGGGUCUCUGUUAUGGCUGCCGAGUGUUUGCCAGAAAUCUCUGUGUCCUGUCAGAGGAGGCUGUUGGUGGAGUGUGAGGCAGGCUGCCAGACGUCCUGUCUGCAGCGACCACAGUCUCUCCCACCACACACCAGGAUGAAUGUUCUUCAACUAAAAAGGAAACUUUAUCAUACCCUAAUAUUAGGUUUGGCAUCAUUUCUGCAGUUGGAAGACACUGCAAAACUACAGCAUCGGUUAUAGUCGGCCAUUAAAACUUCAAACGUUCUGUCAAAAUGAAACUGAACAAAUAAAAAUGCGUCAAAAUAAAAGCACAAACCUGACACAAAUAUACUUUUAGCAUAAUAGACUUGAAGAAGCAGAAGAAGAAGAGAUUUCGGCAUCAUUUCAUGAUUCGAAAUUCCACUACAAAUAAUCAUUUAGGCACCGAGAUGUUUUUGUGACAUUAAUGUCAGUUUUUCAAAGGUCCAACUCAGCAGCGCGGCCAAACAAGCAUUCAUGCAAACAAGCAUUCAUGCAAACAAGUAUUCAUGAUCGCCAGAAAGUUUGCCAGAUUCUGUUCUACCUCUGAGACUUUUUACACCGAUGCUAUACACUGAGACACAAUUUUAAGUGACACGGAAAAUAAGACUAAUGUAUCCUUAACAUAACUGUGCGUCAGUCUUCUGAAUAUAUUUGAUCCUGUGUACCAGGGCCUCAGUCCUGCUGUCAUUUAGUCUUGCUGUCAAUGAGAAGGUCACUUUGUGCCUUUCCUCUGCAAACAUUUGGCUCCAACUAAGUAAAAGCUGCAUGACGACGCCGAAAUCCUGAUUCAUUGCGUGUGGAGUGAAGAUGAAAUGUCUUGAUUAGUCGUCUUGCUGUAGGUGUGGACUGAUUAGUGUUUACAUGAAUCUUCAGUAGUGGUUCUACGACAUUCUUACAUACGUUCUGACGGACAAUGCGUGUUACAGACCAAUAAGGGAUCACAGUGUCAUUGUUUCAGUACGCCUUAGACAUUAGUUUUGCUUUACUUUGGAGUGAUCAGACCUCCAAACGGUUGAAAAUUCGGACCAAGGGUUUUUUUUUUCCGGUGUUUUCUGUUGUUAAACGUUAAAAUCCGCCGUGUUGUUUCAUGUCUUAACUGAUUUGAACACAUAAAAUAAUUGGUUUGUUUUACUUUAAAACGUAGUAGUUAUUUAAUGAUAAUUUUUCCUGUAACUCACAGCUGGAAGUACAUCUCGCAGCUCCUCUGUAUUUACUGCAACCUGGCCAUAUAUAUAUAUAUUUUUUUGUGCAUUUACUCUAAAAAUCUGAAAUGGCGCAUUAAGUGUGAGACCCAGAUCUCUCUCUGACUCCGAUGUCAUUGGUCAGUUCUGUCUCUGCCUCUCCAGCCUUUCCACCUGCCUGACAGGUGUUAACAUUUGCUCCUCCCCCUCAGGUUAUAUGUACUCGUCAUUGCAGCCAAUGACAGACAGUUUUACAGGUCACACUGCAUCACCAGCCGAUGACUGAUGAUUUCUUACAGGUUGCAUGGCACAAACCAUGAGCCUCAUUGCUCCCUAAAUGUCUUCGUAAAGUAACAUGAAUCUUUCCAGCCUUUUUGACGUGUUUCCCUGCCACUCAUACGAUCAUCACACCCUGGCAAUAUGUACAUGGAUUCUCAGAUGUUCAUAAUGUUAGCUAAACUAUUAACUAGAGACUGCCUGUAUAUUCGCUUUCUAUAACCUACUCCUGUCUUUUUUAAUAACGCUUGUUCCUUGAAUAAAAGGAAAAUGCAAUGAAAGAUAAAUAAAAUGAGUACACAGUCAGGAAAUUAGUCCCCUUGUGUUGCAGCUUGUAGAGAAAGGAAAGGUUUGUACUUUCUCUCUCUCUCUGUCCUUUUAUUUCUUUGAGAAAAGCUGAAUGUCAGCAGCUGACCUGGACCAGGUCGCUGUGGAAGUAUGUAGCUCUCUCCCAUUUUAGGCCACGCUUGAGCAUUUCUUCUGUACAUAGGUGCAUUUCGAAGCUGAUGAAAAACAAAACAGGGCAGCAGCAACAUUAAAUGAGUAAAACGAGAGAAAUUUGAUCCAAAUGGAUUUUUAAAGGGUUGGGGAUUUUUGGAGUUUUUUUUUCCCGACCAAUGUAGCGUGUAAAACGAGAUAUUAUAACUGCCUCUUGUUUGUCAUAGAAUUCACAAAUAAAUGUUUG